CAUCAGGCCGGAACCCAGGGUCCCAGAGCGAGAGUGGGCACGGGGUCGUCCUCUGAGCUCCGGCACGGCAGCUAGCCCUGCGGCUGGAGUCGGAGCCACGUCACUUGCAGGCAAGAACCUAAACAACAAGCGGGGUGAUGGCUGCGGACAAGGCUCCAGAUCAGGGAGCAGAGAAACAUGAAGGGACAGGUCAGUCCUCUGGGCUUACUGACCAGGAGAAGGAGUUGUCCAGCAAUGCCUUCCAAGCCUUUGCAGCUGGAAAUUAUGAUACCUGCCUGCAACACCUUGCCUGCCUACAAGAUAUAAACAAAGAUGAUUAUAAAAUAAUUCUGAAUACUGCCGUAGCUGAGUUCUUUAAAAGUAACCAAACAACAACAGAUAAUUUGAGACAGACACUUAACCAGCUGAAGAAUCAGGUGCACUCAGCCGUGGAAGAAAUGGACGGACUGGACGAUGUUGAGAACAGCAUGUUGUAUUACAAUCAGGCAGUCAUCCUGUACCACCUCCGGCAGUACACAGAAGCCAUCUCAGUUGGCGAGAAACUGUACCAGUUCAUAGAACCUUUUGAAGAAAAAUUUGCCCAAGCCGUCUGUUUUCUGCUUGUAGACCUGUACAUAUUAACUUACCAGGCCGAGAAAGCUCUGCAUCUCCUUGCUGUGCUAGAAAAAAUGAUUUCGCAGGGAAGCAGUAACAAAAACGGGAAGAAUGAGACUGGUAAUAACACCAACAAAGAUGGAUCUAAUCAUAAAGCCGAGAGUGGAGCUCUGAUAGAAGCUGCAAAAUCAAAGAUACAUCAGUAUAAAGUAAGAGCUUAUAUCCAAAUGAAGUCCCUAAAGGCAUGCAAAAGAGAAAUCAAGUCAGUCAUGAACACGGCUGGAAAUUCUGCACCCUCUCUAUUUCUUAAAAGCAAUUUUGAGUACUUACGAGGCAAUUACAGAAAAGCUGUGAAACUACUAAAUAGUUCAAACAUUGCUGAACAUCCGGGAUUCAUGAAAACAGGUGAAUGUUUGAGGUGCAUGUUCUGGAAUAAUCUUGGUUGCAUCCAUUUUGCCAUGAGCAAGCACAAUUUGGGGAUUUUCUACUUUAAAAAGGCUCUGCAGGAGAAUGACAGUGUCUGCGCACCGCUCAGCGUGGGCAGCACCGACCCAGGUAAAAAAUUUUCUGGGAGACCUAUGUGUACAUUACUAACCAACAAGCGGUAUGAGUUAUUGUAUAACUGUGGGAUCCAGCUGCUUCACAUUGGAAGACCUCUCGCUGCCUUCGAGUGUCUGAUUGAGGCCGUGCAAGUUUAUCAUGCAAAUCCUCGCCUCUGGCUGCGACUGGCUGAAUGCUGCAUUGCUGCCAAUAAGGGGACUUCUGAACAAGAAACUAAAGGUCUUCCUAGCAAAAAAGGAAUUGUACAGUCUAUUGUUGGUCAAGGCUAUCAUCGGAAGAUAGUUCUGGCAUCACAGUCCAUCCAGAAUACUGUAUAUAACAGUAAAAGCCAUGACGGAGAUAAAUUUAUUCCUGCUCCACCUUCUUCUCCAUUGAGGAAACAGGAACUAGAAAACUUGAAGUGCUCCAUCCUCGCCUGCAGUGCUUACGUGGCGCUGGCUUUGGGUGACAACCUCGUGUCUUUGAGUCACGCAGAUAAACUUCUUCAGCAGCCCAAGCUGUCAGGAUCUCUGAAGUUCCUGGGCCACUUAUAUGCUGCAGAAGCCCUCAUUUCUCUGGACAGAAUAUCGGAUGCCAUCACCCACUUGAACCCGGAGAAUGUCACCGACGUCUCCUUAGGGAUCUCUUCGAAUGAGCAGGACCAAGGAUCAGACAAAGGUGAAAAUGAAGCCAUGGAAUCCUCCGGGAAGCGGGCCCCUCAAUGCUACCCAAGUUCUGUCAACUCUGCGAGGACCGUGAUGCUCUUCAACCUUGGCAGCGCCUACUGCCUGCGGAGCGAGUAUGACAAAGCCCGGAAGUGUCUGCACCAGGCAGCCUCCAUGAUCCACCCUAAAGAGGUACCCCCCGAGGCCAUCCUGCUGGCUGUGUACCUGGAACUGCAGAAUGGUAAUACCCAGCUGGCCCUACAGAUCAUCAAGAGGAACCAGCUGCUCCCAACAGUGAAAACGCUCUCGGAGAUGAGGAAGAAGCCAGUGUUUCAGUCUGUGCACCCGAUCCAGCCCAUUCAAAUGCCGGCCUUCACCACAGUUCAGAGAAAGUGACAUCUCCCUACCUCACUCCCAAGGGACUGAUUUCUUCCUGGCUUUGAUCGUUCCUUCCCAGCAAGAUGAAUAAAAGACAGAUGAUGACGGGUGCUAGUUCUGAAGACAAAGUUUUGAGAUGAUUCUACCCCUGACUUUUUUGCCAGAAAUUUACCAAAAAAUUAAGAAUUCAUAAACCCACUUCCAGCCAUUUUUCUUUAACCUUUACCAAACUUUUGAUUUUGAGCCAUUAUGUGAUAUAUCUGUGUCAUAGGCAAUAAAAAUACGAUCUUACCAAGA